GUCACAAACAGUGAUGUCACAGAGAGUGACGUCAUCAGUGAAACUUGAACGAGGUUUUGUGACGUCACUGAUGACAUCACUGUUUUCGCUCAUGAAAUAGGCAGGAAAAGGAAGACCAAUUAUCAUCAGGGAUACACCCAACUGACGCACCUGCACAAAGACCAUCCUUCAACACUGUGGUACCUCAGGACAAUUACAAGACAUUCACCUGGAGAUCAACAAGUCAUCUUGUGACGUGAUAAAGAGCUGGGGAGUAGGACCAACUAUCAUCAAGUCAAGGAUUAUCAGGAUUACCUAUUGACGAACAAAUGGAUGCCCCAAAUUUAGCACCAGAGGACCAGAGGAAAAUAGACAUAGAGUUGCUCCUUGAGCUCCUCUACUGUCAGACUAAAAGAAAACUUGGUCUAAACAUGGUCCUCAGAAACGAAAGCGUGACAAUAGACCCUAUGCUGGAAAAAAUAUGGGCUGUGGUUCACAAUAUCCCUUUUCGAAUCACAGCAGAAACUUUUCAUUUUUUCGAAGAUGUGGUGCUAAAAGAACUGAUCUCAAAAUUAGGCAAUGAACAUGCAGUGUUACGCUGCAUUAUCUCUGGAAGCCCUGUAAAUGAAAGAAUAUUCAUCAACAUUUUCACAAGAAACCUGAUCAACCCACAGAACUACGGCUUCAUGAGUCGAAUGAAAAGAGGUUUAAAAGCUAAUUGGCCCAUUAUUCUGGGUACAGCAGUCGCAGUCACAGCCGCGCUAUGGAUUGGUAGACCAUGUGAGCCUAUAAUUUAUGUUGUAGCAGCAUGAUCUCACCCACUGACACACCUACACAAAGACCAUCCUUUAACACUGUGGUACCUCAGGACAAUAACAGUGGACCAGAGAAAAAUAGACAAAAAUAGAGUUGCUCCUUGAGCUCCUCUACUGUCAGACUAAAAGAAAACUUGGACUAAACAUGGUCCUCAGAAACAAAAGAGCGACAUUGGACCGUAUGCUGGAAAAAAUAUGGGCUGUGGUUCAGAAUACCCCUCCUCAAAUCUCAGCAGAAACUUUGGUUUCUCAGAAAGAGCUGGGGAGCAGGACUUCAGCUCUCUGUGCCGCUCUUUGGUUAGUAGUAUGGCGGCAAGGGUUUCCUCCGGGUGCUCCGGUUUUUUUCCCAUAUUUCACUUGAUUAGUUUCAAUAAACUGUUUCUCAUUAAUUUCUGUUUUCAAAUCUGUGCUUGUUCAUGUUUACCUCUGCCUGAAAAGCUGCUGUUUAAGUUUGGACACAGCUCCAAUAUUACUGGUCUUAGGUCUUGUCCCUUAGUAGGAUUAUAUAAAUAAAAAACUGCUUCAUCCAUAGACAUUUUGAUUCAAUUUAUUAUCACGCUGCAGCCUCUCCUCCCUUGAGGCCUGUACUACGAAGCAAGUUCAACAUACCCAGGAUAUAUCUCUUACCUGGCUUCACUAAGCCCAACAGCUGCAGUCUAAAUGUGUCAUUUAUUGUAUAAAUGUGGUACAACUUAAAACACUUAAAAUCGAACAUUGCUUUUAAAUACUGGACUAUGACCUAAGGCUUCAAAACAUUUCACUUUUUGUAGCCUAACUUCAGUCAAAGUGACCUUGGUCGGAGUCCACAUUUGUAUAGUCAAAUAUGUGGCAUCUGAAAUGCAGCACAGCCCUGGAUACUUCACAGAUAAGCCUUUGAAAUGUUAAUAAUACUGUCAGAUGUGAGGGAUUCCAACUUAGGGUGAUUUGCUGCUAAAAGUUAAAAUCCUGCGUUUUAAACCUUGAAAUCAGAGAUGGAUGGUCAUGCACUGAUUUUGACUUUUGUUGUCUUAGGAUCUGGCUUCACCUUCUUCGCUCACUCGUCUUACUCGCCCAUUCACCUCCCCACUCGUAGAUAUCACUACGUUGACAUCCCAAUGAACUUCACCCAAGCCCGAGAUUACUGUAGAGAGAAAUUCACUGACCUGGCGACCAUUAGAAACCUGGAAGACAUAAGCAUGUUGAAUAGACCUACUAUGAAAAAAGAUCUGGCAUGGAUCGGGCUGAGUGAUGAUGUGAAAUCCUGGAAGACAGCUUUGGUUAAUGAUGCUAACUCCUGGAGGUGGUCAGUGACUGAGCAAACAAGCAAAACAAAUUACUCCAACUGGUAUAUGGGUGAGCCAAAUUUUGGUGGAGGAAAGCAGGUAUGUGUGGGAAUAAACGUUUAUGGAGGAUGGACUGACUACAUCUGUAGUGCGGCAAAAAAGAGUGUUUGUUUUGAUACAAAUGCAAAUGGAAAAAGCUAUGUGUUCAUCUCAACUGAGAAAACAUGGCAGGAAGCCCAGGCAUACUGCAGAGAGUACCACACAGACCUGGCACUUAUCGAAAACGCUGAGGACAACGAAGCUGUGCGUUCCUUGAAUGCACAAAGUAUUGCAUGGAUUGGUCUGUACCGAGUACCAUGGACUUGGUCAGACAAGAGCAGCAGUAAUUUCACAAACUGGGCAUCUGGCAGCCCAGAUAAUAUUGAUGGAGAUGAGCACUGUGUGGCUGAGUAUUUAGAUUCAAAAUGGCAUGACACUCCGUGUCAAGACGAAAAUACCCUCUUAUGCCAUGAAGAUGGAAAGUUGAAGUCUAUCCUCAGAGUAAAGCUUCAGUCUGAUGCUGACCUGACAGAUGAAGCUGUCAGCACUAAAAUCCUUCAACAGAUGAGUACACUACUAACAAAGCAGGGAUGGACUGACUUCAGUCUGCGGUGGAAUAUUCAGCCCAGAAAACUAAAGGAGGUGAAAGCUGCUGGUAGUGACUGUGGAGUAAAAUGAAGUAAUGCUUCAUAUUAUCGUAAUACUUUAAACGCAUUUUCAGGAUUGAAUUAAUACACCUAUACUGUAAUGUUGCUGUGUUCAAAAAGUGUAAGAAAUGAUAUAUUCUAUCCUUUAUUUUGAUGAAUUACUUUAGACAGAGCAGACUGUUUAUGAUGUUUAAACGUGGCAAUGGAAAACAUUAAAGUAGAAAAUUCUUUCAUUUA